ACUAAAAAAUGAAUCCCAAUCCUUAAAAAUAAGCGAAUAUUCAAUAAUAUCAAAUAAUAAUAAUUCGAUAUAAUAUUCAAUAUUUCUCAAAUACCAAUACCAAACUUCUAGUCCCACUAUUUAUAUCCACGCCCAAUUUACCUCCAAAACCCCAGAGCAGCGAAAGUUUCACAAGUUUUGGCGGUUCAAAACGUCAAUUCUCCCUCCGUUCAGAAAUCCUUCUCAAAUUUCUUGCGCCAACUUUCCAAACAUUUCAAAAUCACUUCCCGCCCUCCUGUUCCGAUUCCCCCCUCUUUAAACUGAAAAUGCACUACAACGAGAGAAUAGCGGAAGCAGAACCAGAAAGAAGCACAGAAAUCACUCUUUUCCGUCUACUCCACCAAUCCCUUUCGAGAGAAUCGAGAGAUCGAUUUCGUCAGAGAUGGACUCAGACGAAGAGUUCCUGCAAUUCGCGGAGGCGGGAGAAGCACCGUCUUCCCCAGUCGCUCAAAAGAAGCUCAAACGUUUGAGGAGGAAACUCGUCAGUCCGAAAGCUGCUUCGGAAGAAGCAGUCCCUCAUCGAUCUGAAGAGGAUGCGCCUACGCCUUCACCUCGGCCCGUGAGCUCUCCAACUCCUUUCGAAACCCUAGGUUCGGAAGAGAGGGAUGACGAGGACGGAUUCCAGGCCACGAAGUCGAGAUCUGUGUUCGACUUUAUGCGUCCCAAGGAGGGAGCUCAACUGGACUAUACCGCUGAUGGUGCGGGCUUGAACGGACGCGUGGCUGGAGUUAAGAGGUCGCUAGAUUUCGGAUCCGAUGGCGAGGAAUCUGACGGCGGAGGGGAUGGGGAUCGAACACCGGCGAGUGUCGGAGUGGAUGAGGAAAUUGGCGAAUCCGUGAUGGAAGAAUCGGAGAAAGAACGGCCGGCUGUAGACGGAGCCGAGGGGAAGAAAGAGAAGACGAAGAAGAAGCACAAGAAGAGGAAGGAUAAGAGAUCUGAUGAUGGCUGUGACGUGGAGCCAAGCUCAGGUGGAAAGAAGGAUAGAAGAACUCGUCUCAAGGAACUGCGUGUUGAAUCUCAGAGGCUGUUAAGAGAGACGAGGGAUGCAUCGUUUAAACCCCAGCCUCUGGUUCAGAAGUCGGUGUCCACUGUUUUGGAGAAGAUUCGGCUAAGAAGGCUUGAGUUCACCAAAAGAUCAGUACAAGUAAAUCCUGCUUCAUUCAACGAGAAUGACCUUUCUCCGAAAGGGUUAUCUGCAGACUUGGAUUCUGUGGAUGCCCAUUUUGAGGACAUUGAAUAUCCCGACAUUAGUAGAUCAGAUAAUGUGAAAAGUAUGGAGAAGCCUGCUGAUAUGGCGGAGAAGAAUGAUGUUGAAGGUUGGGAGGGAUCAAAUAACGCAGCAAGUCCCACUAUCAGAAGCUCUGUUCCUCAAAUCGUUGAGGAUCCAAAGCAAACAUUUCGAGCUCCACUUGAUGACACCCAGGAUCUAUUUGAUUCACAAACGAGUGACAGUAAAGAUGAGUUGCUGGAUGAGACACCUAGUAGUCCACUGGAGGAAGUUCUUGCACCAUCCUUACUUGCAAUGAACUUGAAGUUUGACUCUGUCUGCCCUCAUGAUUCUUCUUCUGAUGAAGACGAUGAAAAUGAUAAGGAAAAUGUCGACCCCUGCCGUUCUGAAUCAAUCAACGUGUCUUUAUCCCCAAAAGGAGAUCCAAUGAAAGCAUUCAUUGAUGAGGAAGCUGAGGAAGAGGAUGACAGCGAUAAUGACUUACAGCGCUUCCUAGACAACGAGGAAGAAGAUGAUGAUGAUCUCGACUCGGAGGAGAUCAAUGAUAUAAUAGCAACAGGGUUCAAGGAGAAGCCUAUUGACGACGAAAUGCGAAAUGAACUCCAUCAGAAGUGGCUUGAGCAGCAGGAUGCUGCUGGAACAGAGCACCUCAUGAAGAAGCUCAACUGUGGCGGUGGUGGUUCUAAGAUGAAGGAAACGUCCCUUGAAGAGAGAGAAGAGGAUGAAGAAAGUAACUGGGAAGGAGGAGACUUUCUUGAUGAAGCUACAGAAGGUCCUGUUACUCGAAAUGUGUUAAAGAUGAAUUUGAAGAAAGCUAAAGAAAUGAUCCCUCGAAUGUUUACGGAUCACAAUGAUGUGUAUGUAUCGUCGGAUGAUGAAGAAACUGAGAGAAGCCUGGUUCAACAGCGGAUGUUUGUCAACCCGGAGACUCGAGGUCUGUUUUUUACACCAGCAGAAGAGGAAAGCUCCAAGGAUAUCUUUAGUCGUAUAAAGAAGUUGAACCCUGUACCUGAUAGCAGGAAGAAACCCAAGAUAACAUCUCAUUUUCAAUCCCUGUCCAUCGGAGGCAGCAAAGCUACAAAGUCUAAGUCGUCUUUCCUGCAACGUGGAUCGAGAAACCCACAGCAAUCGUUCCAGAAGCAAGGCUCCUCCUCAUCCUCCAUAUUGCGGUCUUUCAUCUUCGAACGAGAUGACAGCAAUAGCAAGAGCUCAGUCUCAUCAGAUGAUCCUUCAGACUCUGUGCAUGUAGAGCUGAAACCGAGAAGAGCCACGGCCAAGUUCAUGAACUCGUCGCAAGCUAGAUCAUUAGCCAAUACUCAAAGCACUCAAGCUGGUUCAGAGACGAACGGUGGUGGGCUGUCGCUACACGAGAUCUUGAGGGCGGCUCGACAACGACCAAAUCCGGGCGAUGAUGCAGCUUCUUGCCACCAAGUCGAAUCAACCAUCUAUACUGCUUUCAAACUGGAUCGGAAUUUGGUCACUAGAUCAACAGCGGGUUCUGUAUCAGUAAGAAUGGUUUAGAGCAGCUGUCAGCCUUGCCUUCUGGGUUAUUGUGCAUUGUUCUUUAUUUACUUUGCCCGAUGAAUGUUGGGAUGGGUUUGCAGACUAGCUAAAUUCUGAAUUGUAAGUUGUAACAUACAAGCUUUUCCAUUAUUUACAGUUAGGAUGAAGUGAAGUUCUGUUUCUGCCCAUUUUCCCUUAUAAGUAAUGAUACUGUAACUGCCUACUACAUGCAUCUAAUCUAAAUAUUAGCAAUUUAAUGAUUUUUUUAGACACUUCUCCGACCAACAUUACAUGAAAGAAAGGAAAUGGUGGGGAGGAAAAUGUGAAGAGUACAGAGCAGUAAGAUUUGAGAUAUAGUUCCAUAGCAAAACCAACCUGCUAAGCUUUUAAUCAUUGUCCAUGUCAACGUAAUAUCUUCUCACCUGGAGAGACCAAACUAUCUUUCCAUGUGAAAACACCAUAAGGAUAUUAACCCUAAGCUUAGCUGCUCCAGUAGCAGGGUUGAAUAAGAACCCAGUAUCAUCACUCAGCAACCACAUAUCAUACUUCCAGCUCCCCUGAUUAUGAAUAAAGCAAGCGAAUCCUUAUACACAAUAAGCUGCUUCAGGGCAUCGAUAUAUCUAGAAUCAUCGUACUCAUAAUCAUCAGCAUACACAUAACCAUCAUCAUUCCGGUCACGGUCAGGGAUUGGGACAAAGACAGGAUCUUGUAUCACAUGGAACACAAUCUUUCCAGAGGUUGAAGGCAAGCACCGCGACAGGAGACACACAUAGCCAGAAACAGAACCCAUUCAAGUACCUACAACUUUUCCUCUGCCUAACUAUCUCAACUUGAUGGCGGAGCUCUUCUAACUCCUUCUAAGUAUCAGUGCCAAGCGAAUACACCAUCACUUAGCAACUGUAUCAAAUCCAAACCCACAGCUGUCAAAUUCGCAACCAUUGAUAGCAGGGGGAGAGCCGGAGAGGUGGUGCUUCCACCCCUUGUUUCGGGCACAGGCACUACCCUAUAUGAGCCAGUAGCUGGAUUCCACAGCUUAUAUACGCGAGUACGACCACCCUAAUCUCCUAGCAAAAAUAUGCCAUUGCAGGGUCCAACCAGUACAAGGGAGCAUAAUGGGUUUAUUGGGAUUACUGGGAAUUCCCGUUUCAAGGACUUGGUGAUACAUCACCAUCUGGAAAAAGUUGUACCACCACCUUUUUUCUAUCAGUCUGGUACAUUACCGUCUGGAAGACAUCACUAGCUGCUGGGUUUUUGGUGUAGUUUUUGAGAUACAUAGAAACAAGAAUGGGACUUUCAAUGAUAUCCUUCCAGCAUCUGCAGAUGGACUUGAGCUGUGACAGAGUUCUCACAGUCAGCCGAGAUAGGAUUUCAAUCAGUACAUCUUCCAGUAACUCACCCUCCACUUUGUUGCUGUUGUUCUCUACCGCAGCAGUAGGUGUUAAGCACAAGCGCGCCUUUCUCAUCCUCCACCUGUCAAUGUUUUCUGCUCAAUAAGCAAACUGAUCGUUG